CAAUUGAGUAAUGAAUCUGCACUGCAAGCAGUGAUGUUGUUGAAAAAGGAAUAAAAUGCACAGUUCCUCCGGGAUGUCAUCAUCAAACGUUCCAGCCUUCUUAACGAAGCUUUGGGCUCUCGUUGAAAACCCAACAUGCGACGACCUAAUAUCCUGGGAUCAGACUGGGAACAGUUUCCAUGUUUACGAGCAAGCAAGGUUUUCAAAAGAAAUCCUCCCCCUGUACUUCAAACAUAGCAAUAUUGCUAGCUUUAUUCGUCAACUCAAUAUGUAUGGCUUCCGUAAGGUGGUCCAUAUUGAUACUGGUCUGAAGACAGAGAAAGAUGAUGUGGAAUUUCAGCAUCCAUACUUCAUUCGGGGUCAAGAACACUUGCUGGAAAACAUAAAGAGAAAGAUCAGUGGGACGGUGCCAAUAGUGAAGACUGAGGCUCCAGAUGUACAAAAUGAUGUGGGUAAAGUUCUGACAGAGGUGGUGGUCCUCAAGGGCAAGCAGGAAACCAUGUCGAGUCGAUUGGACACUGUUAAAAGGGAGAACGAGUUGCUGUGGAGAGAGGUGGCUUCCUUAAGACAAAAACACAUCAAACAACAACAAAUUGUAAACAAGUUGAUUCAGUUCCUGGUACACUUGGUUGGGGGUAACCGUGGUCUGUCUGGAAUGAAGAGGAAGAUGGGCAUGCCUCUGAUGAUUGGUGAUUCAGAGGAACCAUCUAACAAACUGGCCAAGUACAGCAAGAGUAUGCAGUCUGUGCCAGCUAAGACUGCCCAGAAUUACUCUGUACAAAGUCCCCAAUCCCAGUCAAAGGACUUUGAUGACCAGGGUUCAGGUGUCAUCAUCCAUGAUGUGACCGAGAUGGUCAAGAAGGACACCGCGACUGCAGCCCCAGUAGGUGGACUCACAAAUGUGAACCCAGUGGAAGAGGCCAGUACAUCUGCACUCAGACUCAUGCCUGAGGAUCUCUCCCUGCCUGAGGAUAUCACCAACCUGACUUCUGAUCUGGUUGAUAAUAUGGCAAUGUUUACUGAGGGAAUGUACCCAGAUAUAAGUGGAAUCUCAACUGACGCAUUAUCAGAAGUGAUAUCAAGAAGCACCGGGCAGGCAAAGUCAAGUGAUGCUGAAGAAGAGAUAAAUCAGACACCACUCAGCAUUUCAGUCAACCAUGUAUCUAACAGCUCUAAUGUAGCCCCACAAAAUCCUCCCGUCCACACACUCAGUAGACAGCCUUCUGUGUCGGAGAUGUCCGAGCACCUGGACAGCCUGCAGUUUGAUAUUGACAGUCUGAAGGAUGUACUGUGUGGGGGCCAGUACAGUGUUGACCCUAACUUCCUAUUGGGGUUAUUUAAUCCUGAUUCUCCACCAGUUACCAUCAGUCCUGAAAUGUUUUCCGGGGAAGCAGGUCCUGCACUUUCUAAGGAGGAGGAGGAUCCAUCCAAGUCCAAUUUUAUUCUAGGUAAUGAGGUGAUACAGUACAAGCCAUCAGAUGAUGUGAUUCCAGACCUAUUUGACCUGGCUGAUCUGUCCCAAGCAGAGGAUGAUCCGCUGAGUAACUCCUCUGUGGACUGUUUCAAAUCAAAAGCCCUCGAGACUCCUACCGUGCAAGUGUCAUCAGACGAACUUGAUAUUGAUUGACAAUAUGAAAACUGUGAUCUUGUUAAUUUUUGUACAGGUCUCAGAGAGACAAAUAUUUACCUCGUGGACACAUUCUGAGGGUCGUGAUGUUUGAUAUGACAGUCUCCUUUAUAAAAGCAGUGGCGCUGGCUGAAAUAGACUGAUUUUCUUAUCACAGACAUACCAGGUAUCUUGGUUAUAAAUGUUGUCUCCAAGCAAAUAUUGGAUCUUAAUAAGUGAGGUUGUCUCCAAACAAACAUUUGCUCCCAACUAUUAAGGUCACCUUUAAAUAAACAAUAGAUCUUAGCUAGUGAGGUCAUCUUGAAACAAUUCUCGAUCCUAACUGUUGAGAUUUUGUCAUUACAAAAAGUUGGGUCCUACCAGUGGAAGUCAUACCCAAACAAAUGGUGGAUCAUAGCUAAAGGUCAUUGUAGCAGUGGAUCUAGAUAUAUGUCAUUGUAGCAGUUGAUCAUAGCUAUAGGUCAUUGUAGCAGUGGAUCUAGUUAUAGGUCAUUGUAGCAGUGGAUCAUAGCUACAGGUCAUUGUAGCAGUGGAUCAUAGCUACAGGUCAUUGUAGCAGUGGAUCAUAGCUUUAGGUCAUUUAAGCAGUGGAUCUAGAUAUAGCUCAUUGUAGCAGUGGAUCUAGAUAUAGGUCAUUGUAGCAGUGGAUCUAGAUAUAGGUCAUUGUAGCAGUGGAUCUAGAUAUAGGUCAUUUAAGCAGUGGAUCAUAGCUAUAGGUCAUUUAAGCAGUGGAUCUAGAUAUAGGUCAUUGUAGCAGUGGAUCUAGAUAUAGGUCAUUGCAGUGGAUCUAGAUAUAGGUCAUUUUAGCAGUGGAUCUAGAUAUAGGUCAUUGUAGCAGUGGAUCUAGAUAUAGGUCAUUGUAGCAGUGGAUCAUAGCUACAGGUCAUUGUAGCAGUGGAUCAUAGCUAUAGGUCAUUGUAGCUGUGGAUCAUAGCUAUAGGUCAUUGUAGCAGUGGAUCUAGAUAUAGGUCAUUGUGGCAGUGGAUCUAGAUAUAUGUCAAUGUAGCAGUGGAUCUAGCUAUAGGUCAUUGUAGCAGUGGAUCUAGAUAUAGUUCAUUGUAGCAGUGGAUCUAGCUAUAGGUCAUUGUAGCAGUGGAUCUAGAUAAAGGUCAUUGUAGCAGUGGAUCUAGAUAUAGGUCAUUGUAGCAGUGGAUCAUAGCUAUAGAUCAUUGUAGCUGUGGAUCAUAGCUAUAGGUCAUUGUAGCAGUGGCUCUAGAUAUAGGUCAUUGUAGCAGUGGAUCUAUAUAUAGGUCAUUGUAGCAGUGGAUCUAGAUAUAGGUCAUUGUAGCAGUGGAUCUAGAUAUAUGUCAAUGUAGCAGUGGAUCUAGCUAUAGGUCAUUGUAGCAGUGGAUCAUAGCUAUAGGUCAUUGUAGCAGUGGAUCAAGAUAAAGGUCAUUGUAGCAGUGGAUCUAGAUAUAGGUCAUUGUAGCAGUGGAUCUAGGCUUUUGAAGUUAUCCCUAAACAAAUGAUGCAUCUAGGAUAAAGGUCAUCUCCAAACAAGCAAUAGACCAUGGCUAUUGACUUUGUAUCUGAAAGAAAAUCGAUUUUAGCAAUAAGUCAUCUACAAACAAAUGAUUGAUCUUAGCUAUUGACUCUAUAUUUGAACAAAUAAUGGAUCUUGGAAAUAGAUCAUCUGUGAAACAAUUAUGGAUCUUAGAUAUUGAAAUAUUCUCCAUACAAACAAUGGAUCUUAGCAGUAGGAUGUGUUUACACAAAUAAUGGAUCUUAAUGGUUGAGGCUUUCUCCAAACAAAGAACUUUAGCUACUGAGAUUGUUUCUAAACAAACAAUGGAUCUUGACAAUAUGUCAUCUUCCAAAAAUAUUGGAGCUUAUCUUUUGAGUUGUUCUCCAAACAAUGCAUUUUAGCAGUGGGCUAUUGGCAAACUAAAAACUAUCUUUACUACUAAGGUCAUCUUCAAACAACAUUGGAUCUGAGCUGGUCAUGUCCUAACAAACCAUGGAUCUUGGUUAUUGAAGUGAUUGGGAAGUGUUGGGUCUGACCUGUAAAUGUCAUCUCCUGGCAAACAAUGGACUAAGCAAUGGGUCAUCUUCAAACAAACAAAAAUCAAUUGAUGUAUUGAAGUAACUCCCAAAUAAACAUGGAUGGUAGAAACAGGUCGUCUCCAAAAGAUGGAUCUUAAGCUAUUAAGGUCGUCUUCAAGCAGCUAUUUGAUCUUAGCAAUAUAUCAUCUCCAAGCAAACAAUAGGUCUAAGCUAUACGCCGCCUCUAAACAAACAGUGGAUGUUGGCUAUUGAGGUCAUAUUGAGAGUGAAGUCUUCGGUUGGGUGAUCUUAUUUUAAGAAAAGUAUGUGUUUAGGGUUAAGCAUUGGGCGAAUGCUCACAGAAUGCAAGUUAGAUUCAAGGUGAUAUAAAAGUUACGUAUGUAUGAGGUGUCUAGUCGCUAACAUGUACAAAUGUCGGGCUUGUUUAACCGUAAUGUGAACGUAAAAUCUAGGGCAGUUGGAUCUAGGAAAAUAACUUAUAAUUAGUCCACAACCAGAACUAAUAGAAAGUUUUAUAGGUUUGCGAUCUGUCCGUCUGUCAGUCUGUCUGUCUGAUUGCUUCUUAGUUGUUUGGGGCAUAUCUUGUAUAACUGUUCACACUUUUGCCAAAUUUUGUUUGCAGGUAACUCAUUAGAUGAUAGAAAUAAGUUUUUGUGCCCUACCAUAUAUACAGAGUUACAGGUUUUCAGAUAAUUUUUGGUACCUUUCUUGAGGUGGGGGACUAUGCAUUACUUGCAAUACUCUGCCUGGUUAUUACAUAUAUAGAUGUAUAAACAUUGUGAGUCAACUGCCAGUAAUACAAAAAAGCUAGAAAUCAUUUUUUAAGUUUGACUAUUGUUAUAGUUUCUGGGUUCCUGUUCACUGCUUGAAAUGAAAUAAUAUAUAUACACAGCAUUUUUUAUGCCCAUCUGUGGUUGAUUGUAUUUGUCCCUCUGUCCAUGAACUGUUUCUCUACUGUACAUGCAUACAAUUACUUCCAUAAAGAUACUCAGAUUUACAUAAACUUGCGCUGUAACUGCAGUUUUACAAAGUGUAAGACAAAAUUGUUCAGCAUUGAAUAUAAUCUGUAUGAGUAAUCAACAUACUUCUGUCUGAUUGGUGGAUUCAUUUCCGUGCAAUAACAUACUUAAAUAUCGUCUGAUUUGAACAAAAAUUGCUAAGCAAUGAAAAGGGGUGUAAGGCAAAAUUUGGGAUAGAGCAAAAUCUAUGCAUCACCGAUAAGCCUUCCUUUCUGCACAAAAACUAUGAUCAAUAGCAUAGAUUUUUAUGAAACUAAUUUUUUGUAUGCCUGUCUCGACAGGACGUGUUGUAAUAUGGCUUUUUUCAUUCUCUCACCUGGCAUCUGAUUCCUUUGAAACUUGGUAGGGUUUGCCACAAUCCAAUAUGAUUAGGGAUAUUUAAUGAGACAUAUUGAUCCCAUAAUUAUUAGCCUGCCCUUGUCUAUUUUGAGCAUAACAAAUUUGUCUAUACAUUUCCCUGAAGCUUACAGUGGUUAAUCAUUGCCAUUUCUAGUUGUGCAUGUAAAUUAGACAUUUUUAUGCAAUAAGUAUUUGCAGAUCUAGAGUUACUGCCCUUUUUGUACAUUUAAAGUUGUUUAAAAAAGCUACUGUGUGUCUUACCUGUCACAUGGACCUACUUUUUGCAGACAAGUACCAUCCAUUACACUUUUCUCCAAAACCCAACUUUUUGUAAUGAUAGCGUUUACAACUAUGAAACACUGCACUUUGUUUCCACAAAUAAUUAAAAAAGGAUAGGCUAUUAUUUACCUGAUCCUUGCUGUAGUGUUUGACACGGUUUCAUCUUUGAAUGGAUUAAUGAAUUCUAGACUUCCUUAUUAUUACAGAGCCAAUUAUAUAUUAUAGACCAAUUUGUCAAGAUGCGGCUGUUAUUUGUUUCAAACCUUUUCCUUAAAGGACAAAGAAAGAGAUUAUUGUGCUUGAAUCUUGCUGUGAUGAAGGGCUUUUGCAUUAACCAAAUGCACCACUUUUGCCUACUUUCAGGGCAACAGGCCGGAGGCCAAACGUGUGGAAACCUUCUAAGAACUUUUGAACAGAACUAUGAAGCUUAAAGUCAUGAAUUUUCGCUUGGAGCUUUCUAAUUUUGUUGGAAGAAAUGACAUUGACCACUUUCAAGGUCACAAAGGUUAAAAAUGUAAAAAUUCCAUGAUUCUUAUUGCUUUCUUGAUGAGAUGGAAUGUUCAUAUGGUUAAAUGGAUGACAAACCUGCUCACAGUUAUCUGUAUAUUUACCUGGUAGAUAGAAGAAAAAUCACUAGGUGAGCGAUUCCGGGCGUUGGCUCUCUUGGUUUUACUGACAUGUGCCCAUAGUUGAUUAACACAUUUGAUAAUUACAGUAGAAUAGAGGUGUUCCUAGCUGAAGUUGCUGGAUUUUAAGAUGACGACUAUGGGGACAGUUUUGUAUAGAAAGUAUGCAAUGCGUCCCCUCAAAAUACUGGCUGGAUAGUGUAACAUCCAGAUUACGUGAGCAGUAACUUGGUCUGUUUUUGUUUAUCAGCUUCCAACUGUUUUGACCACAGCUCAUUUAUGAAAUAGGGAGAAACCUUUUCUGAUGAGCCUCGGCUGAGACUUUGAAGGCCUGCAUUAACAAUUAUAGAUCUAUAAGGUUUUACCACUGAAAAAUUGCAUUUUAAAAAUAGACAAACGGGUAAGGUCACAUACACAAAAAGGCCCCUGAUAAAAGUGACUAGACUUCACUGUAUACAUGGAAAAAUACAAAGCAUUAGUAUUAUCGAUGGAACAUUGUAGGUGAGCAAUUGUCUAGAUGCGAUACAUUUUGCUUGUAGAUUGUGUAUUUACCAAUGAACACAUAUCCUAAUUAGCCCAUACAAGACGCCAUCAAACAGGGUUCUAACGUAACUUUAUAUAUAUGGGACAAUUAUGUUUGUUUUUAUGAAAAGAACAAAGAGUACACUGUCAUUUUAUUGCGACAUCCUAGUCAAAUGAACUGGCACACCAUUUGAAAUGCCAUUGGCAAUGAUUUCUGUUACUUAAGUAACAUGAACUAUUCUUGUUUCACAAUUAAUACCAAUUCUAUGGGGUGAGUUCUCAUAUCUUUCUCUAUGCUUUUCACUUAGAAAAGAUUAUGAAGGACAAAACCCCAUUUCGUGAAAUAAUAAUUGGUACUGAAGAAGUAAUAUUUAUUGUCUCUAAUUAAAAAAAGAGACAUGUGUAGUAAUAUUCUACAUUCUGUUUAUAUAAAAAGAAAGCAAAACAAAAAACACAAAAUUGCAGUUGUUGCCUUUAUAGACUUUCUCUUAAGUUUAACCCUUCUGCAGUCCGACCUAAGUGUUGAUACUGUGGAUCAACAGUUGGGUGUCACUGACCAAUUGGUGUACGGCUUUAAUGUUUAAGCCAGUAUUUAUCUGUUGUAGAAGCUGUUGUUAUUGUUUUAACUUGUGUAUUUAAGAUUGAAAAAAAUAAUUGUUUUCAUGCUUUAUUUUUGUACUGUGAAGCCUUUUUCAAUUCACUUUGUAUAUUUUCACAUAGUAGGAAAUACAUUAAUUCAUUAUUGAUGUAUACAAAGACAUUGAUUUAUAGAGGUGAUAUUUACGUGUUUAUUACCGUCCUCAAAAUUCAAGAGUUCUGCUCUAAUUACACGUAUCUUCUCAUACACAUAUCUUCUCUGCACUGCUCAAAUUUGUUAUGACAAAAUGGAAGGCUCGUGGUAAGCUACUUGAUUGGUUUCAAAUGUAAAAUCCUGACCAAUAGCUGGUCUGAUACCUGUCCUUUGAAGGUAACAGAAGAGCAACAUACCCUUACGUCGCUGCACAAUUCUUUUGAUCCUCAUCAGAUACAAUGGACUACUAGUCUAUUUGUAUUGUAAGCAAGGUGUUUGGUAAAAAGCCUCCAAUUUUGUCAUGACAUAUUCAAGGGAUACAGGGGAAAUAUGAGUAGCCUUGGAUUUUGAGGAUGGUUCACUACAGGAAGUUAACCAAUCAAUUGUUUAGGUGGUAUGGUUUUGUAAGCAUACUUCAUUAAAUUAAAUAGUGUUUGACCAUGUCAUGCUUUGGUCGAUGGAUAAGAGAAAUAUUGAAUUGUUGGCAGGUUAUCUGUUCUCGGUUACAAAUUUAAAAAAAAAGAAUGUUGUUUACAUAGUGAGCACCAGAACACGAGUAUAAAAGUGCUGAGUAUAUGUUUAAGUAUGUCAACUGUUAUAUAUGUCACUGGAGUUGUUGGUGGAUUUACUUCAGUCACUGUGUUCUGUAAAUAGACAGUAUCUUCAUGUAGGUCACGUUUUGCAUGCGGUUUGUAAUAAUUGUGUGUGAAAGGGAGAAGGAUGUUUUUUUAAUGAACAAGUGGAAACAUGCAACUGUAACUUUUAAUCAUCAACAUUACAUAAUCAUAUUGGUUAAAGAUGACAUGACUAUUAUUAAUGCUAAAACAAAGACUUUGGAUCUGAUGUUUUAAUUAUAAUUCAUGUUUUAAUUACCAUUCAUAUCAUUAAUGAAUAUUCAUUUUUUGUUCGGAAGUUGUUUGUAGAUAAUUUUUUGUUAAAGUACAUUAAAGUAGAUUCUAUGCCAAAACUUCAGAUAGAGUUAGAGUUAAAGUUGUAUAUAUAGCUACGUAGCCAAGUUAUACAUAAUACAUGAAUAGGCCCGCCGUAAUGAAGUUAGGUGGGAUGAACUGGAAUCCUGGUGUCUGUUGAUUUGUCCGUCUGUAUAGAUUUGUCCUACAGUAUUGCAUUGAUGUCAGUUUGUACACUUAAUCAAUAUAUGCGUGAUAUUAUUUAGCCAUUUGAUUGAUUUUUUUUGACAAAUUCUGUAGAGUUAUGACCCUUCUCAUUAAAGAAAAUAUGGCUGUACUGCUUCUCUUAAAAUACUGCAUAGAUUUCACUGAACUCUUUAAAUUUUAAUAAGUUUGAAGGCAGUUGUAAUCUAUACAAUAUAGUUUUUCUUUUUGAAUUUUGUAAAUAUUAUUUAGUCCAUUACAACGGAAAGAGGAGGUGUGGGAAUAUAUAGCCUACAGAUUACAGUUCUACUUUUAGUACCUUGUUCAUGUGACAAAUGUCAUGUAUUUUACCGGAAAAGUAAGAUACAUAGACAUCAGUUCAAUAAUUAUUACCAGGUAAUUCUAAUCGGAUAGAAAACAAAUUUGAAAUAUAUGCAUUUCAAUCUGAUUUUCGCUUUAAGAAUGUUUAUAGUACCAUAUAUUUACUGCUGCAUGUUUACAAUAGGAGUAAGAGUAAAAUCAAGCAUGUUCACUGCUUGGAUGUGAAUGAAAUCUGAUGUUUGAUUCACUGUACAAAACCUUUUCUUACCUUAUAAACUUAAAAACUUUGUAAGUUGAUGUAAAAAUGUAAAAAAGUUUUGGGAAAAAGAUAGGUUCACAUUUUUAUUUGAGAAAACUAGCAGUAAAUAUCGCCUAUAAAGGUACCUGAAUUAUUUUUGUCUCAUUUCUUUUGUUACUAGGCAUCUUCAAAAGAAAAUACAAGAAACAAUUACUUAAACCAUGACUAAGGUAAUUCUAAAACUUAAACCAUGACUCAAGUACUUCUAAGAUUUAAUGCCAGAGCAAUUCCGGUUUUAAACACUAGUCUGCUUAAAGUGGCAGUAAAAUCUUUCACAGGUAAAACUUUAAGUAUUUGUUUUACAUUAAUUCUGCUUGAUCUUAGUCCAUCACAUCUAAUACUUGAAAACAGAAAUACCCUCCCCCUAAAAAAAAAUCACAAAAAAAACCGAUGAAAAAACCUGCUUUAUAACCUUUGUCCCGUCAUUGAAAUUCUUACUAUGACCUUAGUCACUUUGUACCAGGUCAUGUUAGUUUUAUUAAUGUCUCAGAAUUUGAGUUCUAAGAUGUUAACAUGUGUAAUUAUGUUAUGCUAAUACAAUGAUUAACAUGUAUUAAUGAUAUAUGUUUGGAUCAAUUUUAUGCUUUUUGUUUUAGUAUUGCAGUACAAAUUAACACAUAUAUGUUAUGAAAUAGUUCCUUGCUAUUUAGAAAGGUCUUUGUUAGCAGAGAAGGUAUUAGAAAGAGAUAGGGGUGUUUAGUUAGCAGGGAUUAUAACAAGGAACAGUACAGGACGGGAGUAUUGUCGCUAUGCAUGAAGGUGCGAGACCGAGUUGAAUGUCAGGAGAGGCGAGUGAUCCAUCUUUAGACAGGGUAUGUGUGUGUGCGCACAUGGUUUAUGAAAUUUGAAGUCAUUGCUGUCAUGCCUGAUCAUGUGUACCUGUAACAGUGUGUAUGUAUAUGUGUGUGUGUGAACAUGAAUUCAGUAACGUAAAUUAUAAGUCACAUGAGCUAUCGUGCAUAAUCAUGUAUAAUAAGCAUUUUGAAAUAAAUCACUGAAGCAAA